AUGUCUGCUGCCAGCUGUCUGCUGACUGAAGAUCAGCUCCUGUGCUCCAUCUGUCUGGAUGUCUUCACUGAUCCUGUCACCAUACCAUGUGGACACAACUUCUGUAAAUCCUGCAUCUCUGAAAACUGGGAUGUCAUUGUUCCAUAUCAGUGUCCAAACUGUAAAGAGGUUUUCUUCAGAAGACCAGAGCUGAAGAUCAACACCUUCAUCUCUGAGAUAGCUGCUCAGUUCAGACAGUCAGUUCAUGUGUCAGUCAGGAUGUGUGAGAAGCACGACAAACUGCUGGAGCUGUUCUGUAAGAACGACCAGAUGUGUGUCUGCGUGCUCUGCCCCUACUCAGACCACAGGACCCAUGAUGUUGUUCCUCUGAGAGAAGAAUAUGAAGUAAAGAGGGCUGAGCUGGGGAAGACAGAGGCUGAAAUUCAGCAGAUGAUCCAGGAGAGACGACUGAAGAUUGAAGAGCUCAAAGAAUCAGUGGAGCUCAGUAAUAAGAAUGCAGACAGAGAGAUCGCUGAAGGUGUUGAGGCCUUCACGGCUCUGAAAGAAUCUGUUGAGAGAAGCCAGGCCGAGUUCAUCCACACCAUCAAAGAGAAGCAGAGAGAGACGGAGGAACAGGCUGAAGGCUUCAUCACAGAGCUGCAACAGGAAAUCUGUGAGCUGAAGAAGAGGAGCUCUGAGCUGGAGCACCUCUCACGCUCUGAAGACCACCUCCACCUGCUCCAAAACUUCACCACCCUGAAUGCUGCUCCACUCACCAAGAACUGGACUGAAGUCCGAGUCCAUCCACCUUCAUAUGAGGGGACUGUGGUGAGAGCUGUGAACCAGCUAGAGGACACACUCAGGGAACUGAUGAAGAAGCUGUUUGAGGCUGAGCUGAAGAGAGUCCAGCAGUGUGAGGUGGAUGUGACACUCGAUCCUGAUACAGCACAUCCUAAACUCAUCCUAUCUGAUGAUGAAAAACAAGUUUAUGAUGGUGAUGUGAGAAAGAAUCUACCUGACAAUCCAGAGAGAUUCAGUAAAUACAAUAUAGUCUUAGCAAAGCAGAGUUUGUCUUCAGGCAGAUUUUACUUUGAGGUUCAGGUUAAAGGGAAGACUGAGUGGGAUUUAGGAGUAGUUAGAGAGUCCAUCAACAGGAAGGGAAUAAUCAGUCUGUCUCCUCAGAAUGGUUUCUGGACGAUUAUACUGAGAAAUGAAAAUGAGUACAAAGCUUGUGCUGGCCCUUCAGUCCGUCUCUGUCUGCAGUCUGUUCCUGAGAAGGUGGGGGUGUUUGUGGACUAUGAGGAGGGUCUGGUCUCCUUUUAUGACGUUGAUGCUGCAGGUCUGAUCUACUCCUUCACCGGCUGCUCCUUCAAAGAAAAACUCUUCCCAUACUUUAAUCCCUGCAACAACUAUGGUGAUAAAAACUCUGCUCCUCUGAUCAUCUCUCCAGUCAAUCACACUGAGUAG